UAUGUCAAUGCCUGUCUACACGGAACUAGCUUUGUGUUACAGUGAAAGCACAAGAAGUUUGAAAGGUUUUGUGCAGUCAGCGGUCGAUUUUGUAUUCUCCAAAAGAAUGUUAAAUCCCCAUCUGUGGCAUUGUUCACAGUUCACCAUACCAGGGCAGAUAAACUGCCUGCCUGUGUCAAUAUUCGUUUUGCAAUGUUCGUUUCAUUGCUUCGAUUGUCUUAGGGCAGGCACGUAAUUGUUUUUGCACCACACACCCACCGUAUGUCGUCGUUUCAUGCAACUCUCCCCACCUCUUCCCUCCCUUGUCAGCGAGCACGCUGCGGGCGGACGUGCGCGCGCUCUUCACUAAAUCUCAAAAGCCUGGCUGCUUGAUCCUGAGAGGGAAGUAGGUGACUGACGAGUCCGUGGGAGGAGCUCAGAAUGCGGACAGUUUUCUUCCUGUUUUUUUAUUUAUAAUAUCGGAGUUUUAAACAAAACAAAAAACUUGAUGCUCUACACAUGGAAAAGUUAAAGGACUCAUACGGUCACAGUUCAAGCGGUUUCCGAUUACUUUAACUUUCGUCUACUGUUGAGUGUAAGAUACAUCCAAGGCGCAGAUGUAUUGGGCUUAUCUAUUUAAAGACUGGAGUUUUUCUUUUCAGAGUUAAUUAGACACUGAUAAUGUGGGCCUCAUGCUGUAACUGGCUAUGUCUGGACACCCAAUCUGCAGACGAGAGGAAUGGAAACAGCCAGCGUGAGGCAUACACUAACUCUGGCUACAAUGCCUUUCCUUCAUCCCCUGCUCCGGAACCCACCUGUAAAACCUGUGGAAGGAGGUUUGAUUCUUUCUUUAAGAAGCUCGUAUGUAUAGAUUGCAAGAAGAAUUUCUGCAGCAACUGUUCCUCACAGCUCUUGGGCCCUUGCAUGUGCUUUAUCUGCCAUCGUUUACAUGUCACAGCCUUUGAAAGAGGAGAACUCAUGAAGUUAAAGGUGAAGGAACUGCGUGACUACCUUUCUCUGCAUGAGGUCUCCACUGAGAUGUGUACUGAAAAAGAGGACCUGGUGCAGCUUGUAUUGAGUCAGCAGUCUGCCGUGGAAAGAAUGAGAAGCAGUGUUAACCCAUCCCAGGCCCCUCAGCCAGGGUCUGUAGGUAAUGAAACAUCAUCAGCCACUCAAGGUGCUUUCCAGAUGCUUAUUGAAGAUCAGCAGACUACAGCAACGUCAACUUUUUCCAGCCGAGAGGCAGAGACACCAACACUAGGAGAUGAGCCCCGGACAGAAGAAGAUGCGCAGUCUUCAGAUGUUGAAGACAUGUCCGUUCCUGGCCGUAGAGCAUCCUUGUCAGACCUGAAUAGUGUGGAGGACAUCGAUUCACUGUCUGUUAGGCAGCUUAAGGAGAUUUUAGCCCGUAAUUUUGUAAAUUACAAAGGAUGCUGUGAAAAAUGGGAGCUAAUGGAAAGGGUCAGUCGACUUUAUAAUGAACAGAAGGAUCUCCAGAAAUUGGUUUCUAAUAAUGAAGCAAACAGUGGAGAUUCAAAACCUCCUAGUGGUGUAGAUGAAAACCUCUGCAAAAUUUGCAUGGAUGCCCCAAUUGACUGUGUUCUCCUGGACUGUGGGCAUAUGGUCACUUGUACAAAAUGUGGCAAGAGGAUGAGUGAGUGCCCUAUCUGCAGGCAAUAUGUAGUCAGAGCUGUUCACGUCUUCCGAUCCUGAUGUUUGUGUGUUGUCCCUUCGAACAGAACUAUGUGCUCCUCCUGUUCUUUAAGGCAGAUUUUUUCAACUUAUGCAGAAGUGAAAUAUUUUCCAAGUAUUUUCAUUCAUGAAGAACCAUGAAGUUUUUCCAAUUGCAGCCACAACUGCAGCAUGGCAGCAGUACAACAAAUAGAAACUAUCAUGUUGUAAAUUAAAUGCAUGUUGACAGUUUAUGAGUAUAACCAAAAUUGAGAGCUGCUAAAGAAAAUGUUUAGGAGUUUGGUUCUUGCUUACCAGAUAAAUUACUUAAUUAAUGAUCAAGCUAUAAUUUAUUUAAUUAUGAAAAAACAAAAUGUUUUUAAUUUAAGUCAUUUGAAGGAUUUUUAUGGCUUUAAAAAAUCAAAGCCGUCUGCCUUACCCGGAAUUUUGUCCAUAAUUUGUUUUGGCUUAGCUGAACAGAACUUGAAUAUGGCUGGUUUUACAUCAGGUAUAUUUGUGGCACUGAUGACAGAGUAGUUACUUGAAGUUGAAAGUAGGUAGGCUGUCUUGAUUUUCUGUGUUUUUGAGCAGAGAAAAACCAAAUUCAUUAUCAACGAACUAUGUUUUGAUUUAUUAGUUACAUAACAACUACUUCACAGCACUUUCUUCUUUACUUCAGAUGCAUGUCUGAAUGUUAGGCAGUGUUUUGAACUAAUUUAUCUACAAGAAGUUUGCAUAAAUGUUUUUUAAAGAAUUUGCUGCUGUUUCUUUCCAAAGAUUAAGAAAAAGCCUUUAAAAAAAAAAAAUUCCAAAUUUACCGGACCAGGAAAUUCUUUCAUGAACUGCAGUCUAUCACAGAAGUAACUGAUUGUAAGGUGUCUGCAUGUUUGUGGUACUUAGUUAUAGAAAAAUGAUGCAAAGCAGGAUAAAUAUGUAUGCUAAAUCUUUGUGUGGUCUAUCGGGUUAAAGAGGCUUUGCUUAUGGCUGCCCUUUAAAGCCUUCAUCUAUAAUACAACAAGCCGUAGUCUGAAUUUCUCAGAUCAAUCAGCCUAUAAAUGAGUGCAUUUUAAGAAACAUUUUGAAAUUCAGUUUUUAUUAACAGCAUUACAUGUGUAAACUAUACAUGAUGAUAGAAGUAUUCUAAAAUGUAGAAGACAUCCAAGAUUCUUGUCCACUGUUGUCUGCAGGCAUUAUUAAUAAGAUGCCAUUUUUUGUCAGGUUUACUGACUAGCACCCUGAUAAAUUAAUAACUUUUAAUAUGUACAGAAAAGAUUGUGAAUGCUACAAGUACUUACUAUAAUGCAGUAUGCUUAAAGAACCCACAGAAAUUUGAACUGAGAUACUGGGUUAAUAGUAUACCUGUACUCUUUCCUUUAAUUACACAUAAUUUUACACUUGCAUUACUGUGCUCAAUUUUUGCAUGCCUUUGUUAUGUAGAAGGAGAAAAUUUGGACCAGCUUGCAUUGUCAUGUACUUGCCAAGAAUGUUAACAAAACAGGAUAUGUUUUGAAUGUGUGUAUGAUUUUCAUAUAUCCUAAUGGACCUUAGGAACAGCAAAAUGCACUAUGACAGUAGCAGAACUUUCAAUUGUUAAAAAUUAAAGAUUGCAUAUGUUUUAUGUCUAAGUUUACAAACAGAGUGUUGAAAUUUUCUAAAGGUAAGGUUAUAAUGACAUUUUCUCUGUGGUCCAAACCAUAAUAAAUGUCUUGAUUAAGUAGGUUUGUAAAAUCAUUUUGAGAAUUCUUGGAUGCAUUUGGCAAAAGGUUUUUACACAACAAAAUCUUGAAAUAUAAUGAAGACUAGUUUGCCUGCUUGAUAAAGUGCCUUCAGGACUUUAACUUGAACAGUAUGUCAGGUGCUGACCAACAAAUGUGCCUUGUAAAGUAGUUUGUAACACUCCCUACACACCACGCAUUUUUGGUCAUUCCUUCAAAUUGGUCGUUUAGUGGGCCUGUGUGUGUACAUAAUGCAGGCCCUUGCUUGCAAUGUCUGUUUUUAUCCUCUAAUUUCUGUGCUUACUUUGGCGCAAAUCUCUCAGGAAGAGUCCUUUGGACUGUGCCUUAUUUCUACCUCUUUAGAUAUAUGCUAAAUGUGUAAACAGACUUAGCUGCCAAAACCACACAUGCAUCAUGUCCCACAUAUCUUUGUGGCAAAGGAAAUGCCAGUAGUGACACAGUGAUAUGUGCUCAGAAUUAAGUACUUUAAGGCAACAUUUAAAACCUAAAACAUCUGAUGAUCUGUAGAAGAUGCUUUGUCUGAAUAUGACCAGCAUAGUAUAAAAAUAUAUUUGGACUGGCAGAGAUGCAUCAGCAGGAUUAUGGCUAAUGCACUCCCUGAGAAUAUUGAGUUGUUGUGUAACUGACCAAACUACUUGGGCAUCACUCUAAGUAUAAGUUGUUUACCUUCUCAGUGAUUUAUUGUUUUGAGGAUUUGCUUCCACAUUUACAAUAUGUCUAUGUGUUGCUAUGUUGGAAUUAGGCAACCAUUGGAAAUGCUAUGUGUUCAAGGAUAAAAAAAAAAAAA